AUGGCGUUAGGCGCUAUAGCUGAUGAGUAUUUUCGGACCAUGAAUCCCCUGGCUUCUAAAAUAUACGAAGAUAUAACGGAGACUAAAAACGCUUACGAAAAUAUUUGGAAUACGCUUACGGAAAAAGAAAAGGCGGAAAUAAUAAACGAAUCUAUAAUAAAUCCAGAUAUAGCUAAUAAAUAUGCUUUAUUAGACUCACUGGAUUUCGAUAUAAACGACCCACCGGUUCAGAAAGAUAAUUUAAUGUCUUUCUUUGGCCGUGAGCAUGGUUUGAAAAUAAUUCAAGAUGAAAACACGUCUUAUAGAGAUGAACACUCUGCGCCCUUCCUCUAUCAGACGAAAAGUCAGUUAAAUCUGUGCAUUUUGAGCGAGCACAGAGUUACGAAGGAAGUGAAAUGCACAUCACCACCACCGAUUAUGACUGAGUUAGCUUUAUCUCAUUCAAAAGUCGUGAACGAACUAAAAAACGCUCUCAAAUCUCACGACGUACUCAAAAGUACGUAUAAAGAGAAAAAAGAUGACCGAGAAGUGUCUCAAACGGGUUUCAUAAGUAAAUUUAUAGGUAAUUUUAAAACUAAGGAUGAGGAGAGAGAAUGCCUGGUGCCGUCCUUGCCGGUAACACAAAUCGUUGCAUCAUCGGAGAACUUCUUUAGAACAAAUUUCAAAAGUCCGUCGAAUGAAUGUAAAUUUGAUAAGGAGUAUCGGAAUAGUGUCGCCAAAUCUAGUAACGAUUUGUCUGAAGAGAAUCGUGGUCUUCUAUCUUCAAGUCAAGCUUCUUCAUCAGAUUUCCCAUCAACGGACACUUUGACAGAGACUUUACCCAAGACCGGGUAUGAUUUUCUAGAUAAUUGGUAA